UCAACAUUAUUGGAUCCAAUGCAAUUCGCAUCCAGUCGGGGCAGGCCAAUCCCCCGGCAAGAGCGAGCAGAGCCCGCCAAAGCCAACGGUUGCUACGGUAGGUCAUAUUUUCCAACGCAUGCCCGCUCCCCGGCUGCGCUUUUUUUUGAAGCCCGUGCCGCCUUGAUUGCUUCAACCUGAACUUUUUCCCUUUCUUCUUUCCUUUCCGUACUGUUCCUUUCUCCUCAACCACACCACAUCCCUCCCACCCGCUCAGUAAACCAUGGCUCCCAUUAUGCGCCUGGGCUCCGCCGCCCUGAGGUCCUCCUUCAACCUCACUUCUCGCCAGACUGCCUUCACUGCCGCCAGAUGCUACUCUUCCAAGACUCAGACUCUCAAGGAGCGCUUCGCUGAGCUCCUCCCCGAGAACAUCGAGAAGAUCAAGGCCCUCCGCAAGGAGCACGGUUCCAAGGUCGUCGACAAGGUCACUCUCGACCAGGUCUAUGGCGGUGCCCGUGGCAUCAAGUGCCUUGUCUGGGAGGGUUCCGUCCUCGACGCCGAGGAGGGUAUCCGUUUCCGCGGCAAGACCAUCCCCGAGUGCCAGGAGCUCCUCCCCAAGGCUCCCGGUGGCAAGGAGCCCCUUCCUGAGGGUCUCUUCUGGCUUCUCCUGACCGGUGAGGUCCCCUCCGAGCAGCAGGUCCGCGACCUCUCUGCCGAGUGGGCUGCCCGCUCCGAUAUCCCCAAGUUCAUUGAGGAGCUCAUCGACCGCUGCCCCUCUGACCUCCACCCCAUGGCUCAGCUCUCCCUCGCCGUCACCGCUCUCGAGCACACCUCUUCCUUCGCCCGUGCCUACGCCAAGGGUAUCAACAAGAAGGAGUACUGGGGCUACACCUUUGAGGACUCCAUGGACCUCAUUGCCAAGCUCCCCACCAUUGCUGCCCGCAUCUACCAGAACGUCUUCAAGGGCGGCAAGGUCGCUGCUGUCCAGAAGGACAAGGACUACUCCUUCAACUUCGCCAACCAGCUCGGCUUCGGCGAGAACAAGGACUUCGUUGAGCUCCUCCGUCUCUACCUCACCAUCCACACCGACCACGAGGGUGGCAACGUCUCUGCCCACACCACUCACCUUGUCGGCUCUGCCCUCAGCUCUCCCUUCCUCUCCGUCGCUGCCGGUUUGAACGGUCUCGCCGGUCCCCUCCACGGUCUUGCCAACCAGGAGGUCCUUAACUGGCUCACCGAGAUGAAGAAGGUCAUCGGUGACGAUCUCUCCGAUGAGGCCAUCACCAAGUACCUCUGGGACACCCUUAACUCCGGUCGCGUUGUUCCCGGUUACGGCCACGCCGUCCUCCGCAAGACCGACCCCCGCUACUCUGCCCAGCGCAAGUUCGCCCAGGAGCACCUCCCCGAGGACCCCAUGUUCCAGCUCGUCAGCCAGGUCUACAAGAUCGCCCCCAAGGUCCUCACCGAGCACGGCAAGACCAAGAACCCCUACCCCAACGUCGAUGCCCACUCUGGUGUCCUUCUCCAGCACUAUGGUCUUACUGAGGCCAACUACUACACUGUUCUCUUCGGUGUUUCCCGCGCCAUUGGUGUCCUUCCUCAGCUGAUCAUUGACCGCGCCGUCGGUGCCCCCAUUGAGAGGCCCAAGUCUUUCUCCACUGAGAAGUGGAUCGAGAUUUGCAAGAAGCUGUAAAUUAAGCAAUUGUUGUGAUAGUAGUAAUGGUUAUGUAGUUUGGCGCGACGGUCGGAAAACGGUCGGGCUUCGGUUCUUUUCAGCAUAGAAUGGAUGGG